AGCUGUCGUGACAUCGGAAAUUGACAUAUCAUUGUUUACUCCGCAUCAAGUGAAAGUGACCAUUGUGUGGUGUGUCUUUUAAGAAAAUUCAAUUAGUUAAAUGUUUCUGAACAAAAUAGUGUCAUCGAUAGGUAAAAGGAGCAAAAGGUCCGAAGUACAUGCAGUGAUAAUAGUGAACAGUAGCUUGCAUCAAACAGUGUAAAGUUCUGCGGAAAUAAAAAAUUUGUGAGUGCGUCUUAUCAAUCAGAGAAAGAACAAUUCGUAAACACAAAAAAGAUAACAGGAGACGCGAUUUUAUAUUAAAUGAAAAGUGCUGCAAAAAUUGAGAGUGAGUUACAGUGAGUGUGUUGAAAACAUAAUGCCAGAAUUGGGCUGUCUGAUCAGCACCUUAACAUACUUAAUAAAUAAUUAAAUAACUGGAAUCAGAAUGGCUAAGCAGACAGCAUUACGUAUUUGUUCUACAAUAUUAGUAUUAUUAGUUUUAAGUGCAAAUGGCCAAAACGAUGUUCCACAAUUGUCGAUAGGUCCGAAAGACAUUACAGUAUUAAUUGACGAGACGCAAUUCGCCUACCUGAAUGUUGACAAUGGAACCAUAACCCAAAACUAUACAAUAACAUUUACAAGAGAACAUCCGGAUUUGGUUGACAUAUCUCCAACAUCCGUUGAAAUUUAUCCCGAUGGACCAAGAGAUUUUAUUAUAUGCAUCGUCGGGAAAAGUCCUGGACAUUUGGAGAUUACAUCGAAUUCUACCUCAAAUGCGAUAAAUACAAAUCAAUUAUUUGUGCGUGUUACAGUCGCCAAUUCACGUCCAUUAAUUGUCCUAUCCGAAGUCGUGGGAUGGGUUUAUUUUGUCGCUUGGUCGGUGUCAUUCUAUCCUCAAAUUUACAUUAAUUUUAAGCGAAAGAGUGUCGUUGGAUUGAAUUUCGAUUUCCUGGCAUUGAAUAUUGUCGGAUUUUUGAUGUACUUUUUGUUCAAUGCUGGCCUAUUUUGGAACAAAUACAUUCAGGCCGAAUACUUCAUCCGUUUCCCUCAAGGAUUGAAUCCUGUCUUGAUAAACGAUGUUGUGUUUGCUUUGCACGCUAUGGUAGCUACACUCGUGACCAUAGUUCAGUGCUAUUUUUACGAAAGAGCUCAACAAAGGGUAUCCAACAUUGCCCGGAUAAUACUUGGUGUAUUUGGAAUUUGUGUCAUUGUGUUCGCCAUACUCGGUGGUACAGCUGUUAUUCAUUGGCUGGACUUCCUCUACUACUGUAGUUACAUUAAGUUAACUAUCACCUUAAUCAAAUAUAUUCCUCAGGCUGUGAUGAAUUAUCGAAGAAAAAGUACAGUGGGUUGGAGUAUUGGAAAUAUUUUACUCGAUUUCACCGGUGGAAUACUCAGUAUGCUUCAAAUGUUACUCAACGGAUAUAAUUAUGAUGAUUGGAGUUCAAUUUUCGGUGAUCCGACUAAAUUCGGUCUGGGUCUAUUUUCGGUGCUAUUUGAUAUCCUAUUUAUGGUGCAACAUUACGGUCUUUAUAGAGAUGCCGAGUACAUGGAAAUAGAAGGAAACGAUAAUCCUCAGGUGGUGGCUGAUGAACAUCCAACAAGAACAGAGAGUUCAACAUCAGUUUAUAAUUAAAAAUUAUUUAGCAUAUCGACGACUCUUAUUUAAUAUUUACAUUAGAAAUACUUGCGACGUAGCAUGGGGGCAUUGUACAAUGUACAUAUAAUAUUUUUGUAGACUUCUUUUUAUAGACAGCGCAACCAUGCGACCUGUCGAGUAUGACUAGGAUUAUUUUUUUUCUGUAUAUAUACAAAAGCACUGUACGCGAAAAUAUUUAUAUUCGAAAUGUAAUUAGAUUUAUUGAAUGUUUAUGAAAAGGUGUAACGUAAAAUUAAUCUCAUUCGUUUAAAGGAUUGAUGUAACGGGAAAGCAUUAGAUUGUCUUUUGUUUAUAUUUUGUUUACAGCUAAAUGUCAAGCAGAUUUGUGUUUGAGGUUGCUUCAGCUGUUCUACCAGCUGAUCCACUCAUACAAAUGUACUGCACGUAUGACCUUAUACGGGGUUCAUAGUGUUGCAAAAUCAUAUGAGCAAUGUGAUUGUAUGAGCGGACCAGCUGGUAAAACAGAUGAAGCAAACGUAAACACAAAUUGGGUUGAUAUUAACUGAAGUAGUUAUGAAGUAGUUAUUUCUCAAGCAAAUGUGACAAUUUAUUUUUUAAUUUUAUUGUUGGGACUCAAUU